GCCAGCGGGGUCGCUGCGCCUCCACUUUCCACGAGAGGACGUUCACACAGCCCGGAAUGAAAGAGACGGAGCUUUGUGCCCGAAACUAAAAAAAACACCCGAACCCGACUCAUGAAUUAAAACGACUUGUCUGUGAGAGGCCAGUAGAGGACCGUCUGUCUGUCUGAAGAAGGAUGAUGAUGGAGUUCCCGCAGCAGCCUCAGCAGCAAAGACCGGCGGGGGACGGAAAGAUCAUCUACCCACUGGGUGUCAAAGAGAUCACUGAUAAAAUCAGCAACGAUGAAGUCGUCAAACGACUCAAGCUGGUGGUUAAGACAUAUAUGGACAUGGAUCAAGACUCAGAGGAGGAAAAGCAGCAGUACUUGGCUCUGGCUCUUCACUUGGCAUCUGAGUUUUUCCUGCGAAACCCCAACAAAGAUGUACGAUUACUUGUGGCCUGCUGUCUUGCUGAUAUCUUCAGGAUCUACGCUCCAGAGGCCCCAUACACCUCACAUGACAAGCUCAAGGAAAUUUUCCUCUUCAUUACACGACAGUUGAAGGGAUUAGAGGAUACCAAGAGCCCUCAGUUCAACAGAUAUUUUUACUUACUAGAGAACCUGGCAUGGGUGAAGUCCUACAACAUCUGUUUUGAAUUGGAGGACUGUAAUGAGAUCUUCAUCCAGCUCUUCAAAACCCUCUUUUCUGUCAUCAAUAACAGCCAUAAUCAGAAGGUGCAGAUGCACAUGUUGGACCUGAUGAGCUCCAUCAUCAUGGAGGGAGAUGGAGUGACGCAAGAGCUGCUGGACACAAUCCUCAUCAACCUCAUCCCUGCUCACAAAAAUUUGAAUAAGCAGGCAUAUGACCUGGCCAAGACUCUUCUGAAGAGAACGGUUCAGACCAUCGAAACCUGCAUUGCCUCAUUCUUUAAUCAGGUGUUGGUGAUGGGAAAGUCCUCCGUGAGUGAUCUGUCUGAGCAUGUAUUUGACCUCAUUCAGGAGCUCUUUGCAAUCGACCCUCUGCUCCUUGUCUCUGUGAUGCCACAACUUGAGUUCAAAUUGAAGAGUAAUGAUGGAGAGGAGAGGUUGGCUGUGGUGAAACUGUUAGCUAAGCUCUUUGGAGCGAAGGACUCUGAACUGGCCACUCAGAAUCGCCCACUCUGGCAGUGCUUUCUGGGAAGGUUCAACGACAUCCAUGUUCCUGUGAGACUGGAAUGUGUGAAGUUUGCUAGUCACUCUCUGAUGAACCACCCGGACCUUGCCAAGGAUCUUACAGAUUUUUUGAAGGUGAGAUCACAUGACCCAGAGGAGGCAAUCAGACAUGAUGUCAUUGUGACCAUCAUCAACGCAGGGAAGAAAGACCUGAACCUGGUGAAUGAUCAACUGUUGGGAUUCGUCAGAGAGAGGAUGUUGGACAAGAGGUGGCGUGUCCGUAAGGAAGCAAUGAUGGGUUUGGCUCAGCUUUAUAAGAAGUACUGUCUGCACCAUGAGGCCGGGAAGGAGUCCGCUUUGAAAAUCAGCUGGAUCAAAGACAAACUCUUACACAUCUACUACCAGAACAGCAUAGAUGACAAGUUGCUGGUGGAGAAGAUCUUUGCCCAGAACAUGGUUCCUCACAGUCUGGAGACUGAGGAGAAGAUGAAGUGUCUGUACUACCUUUAUGCCUGUCUGGACACUAACGCAGUCAAAGCACUGAAUGAAAUGUGGAAGUGUCAGAAUAUGCUGAGAGGGCUGGUUCGAGAACUGCUGGAUUUGCACAAAUUACCUACAUCUGAAGCAAACACCAGCGCCAUGUUUGGAAAACUUAUGACCAUUGCUAAGAAUCUCCCAGACCCAGGUAAAGCUCAGGACUUUAUGAAGAAGUUUAAUCAGGUUCUGGGUGAGGAUGAGAAACUCCGUCUUCAGCUUGAGCAACUCAUCAGUCCCACCUGCUCAUGUAAACAGGCUGAACAGUGUGUGAGGGAAAUCACACGGAAGCUAACAUUCCCUAAGCAGCCCACGAACCCAUUCCUGGAGAUGGUGAAAUUCUUGCUGGAGAGAAUCGCACCGGUGCACAUUGACUCUGAGGCCAUCAGUGCCCUGGUUAAGCUGUUAAAUAAGUCAGUUGAGGGCACUGCUGAUGAUGAUGAUGAGGGAGUAACCCCUGAUACUGCCAUUCGUGCUGGACUUGAGCUACUCAAGGUUUUGUCAUUUACUCACCCCACUGCGUUCCACUCGGCUGAGACGUACGAGUCUUUGUUGCAGUGUCUGAAGAUGGAGGACGAUAAAGUGGCAGAAGCAGCAAUACAGAUCUUCAGAAACACAGGACAAAAGAUUGAGACAGAACUGCCACAAAUCCGCUCGACUCUAAUUCCCAUACUACACCAGAAGGCAAAACGAGGCACCCCUCACCAGGCCAAACAGGCGGUCCACUGCAUCCACGCCAUCUUUCACAACAAAGAGGUCCAGUUAGCUCAAAUAUUUGAGCCGUUGUCUCGCAGUCUGAAUGCAGACGUGCCUGAACAGCUCAUCACUCCUCUCGUGUCUCUUGGACACAUUUCUAUGCUGGCCCCGGAUCAAUUUGCAUCACCCAUGAAGUCAAUUGUAGCCAAUUUUAUCGUGAAGGACCUUCUGAUGAAUGACAGGUCUGUGGGAAACAAGAAUGGACGGCUCUGGACAGCUGACGAUGAGGUUUCCCCUGAAGUGCUGGCUAAGGUGCAUGCCAUUAAGCUGUUGGUCCGCUGGUUGCUGGGAAUGAAGAAUAAUCAGUCUAAAUCAGCUAACUCUACUCUCAGACUCCUCUCAGCCAUGCUGGUUAGCGAGGGAGACCUCACUGAGCAGAAAAAGAUCAGCAAGUCUGACAUGUCUCGACUGAGGCUUGCAGCGGGAAGCGCCAUCAUGAAACUGGCACAAGAGCCCUGUUAUCAUGAAAUCAUCACUCCAGAACAGUUCCAGCUCUGUGGACUCGUCAUUAAUGACGAGUGCUAUCAGGUGCGGCAGAUCUUUGCUCAGAAGUUGCAUGUUGCUCUAGUAAAGCUGUUGUUGCCACUGGAGUACAUGGCUGUGUUUGCAUUGUGCGCUAAAGACCCAGUGAAAGAGCGACGUGCUCAUGCCCGACAGUGCCUGCUCAAGAACAUCAGUGUUCGCAGAGAGUACAUCAAACAGAACCCUAUGGCCCAUGAAAAGCUGCUGUCUCUCCUGCCAGAAUAUGUGGUGCCAUACAUGAUCCAUCUUCUAGCUCAUGAUCCAGACCUCACCAAACCACAGGAUUUGGAGCAGCUCAGAGACGUCAAAGAGUGCUUGUGGUUCAUGCUGGAGGUGUUGAUGACAAAGAAUGAGAAUAACAGUCACUCGUUCCUGAGGAAGAUGGUAGAGAACAUCAAACAAACAAAAGAUGUUCAGGCCCCAGACGACCCAAAGGCAAACGAGAAACUUUACAUUGUGUGUGAUGUGGCAUUAUUUGUGAUCGCGAACAAGAGCACUUCAUGUCAUCUGGACUCCCCGAAAGAUCCUGUGCUGCCUAGCAAUUUCUUUACUCCACCUGAUAAGGAUUUUAUCAAUGAUAAGGAAUAUCUGUCACCAGAAGCAAAAUUAGUUCUGCAGACAGGGAAAAUCCAGCAACCACCAAAGCAGACAGGCGUGCUGGGGGCAGUGAACAAACCUUUAACGGUAGCAGUUCGCCGACCGUACAUUAAAACCACCACCUCUGACACGGGAAGCAAUGCAAGCACCAACUCUCAACCCAACUCGCCUGCGACAAAUAAGAGCAGGGAUGUGAGUUCUGAGGCCUCAGAGACGGGGGCGAGGGAGAAUGAAGAGAAUCCAGUCAUCACAAAAGCAGGAAGUGUAAAGAAGGAGGAGGCAGCUCAGCCCAGUGGGAAGAAGCGUGCUGCUCCUGCAAGUGACGGCACGGAGAACAGCGUGUCUUCAAACCCCUCGGCAGGGUCACAGCCCCCUGCCAAUAAACCCCGACGCGGUCGACCCCCGAAAAACGCUGCAGGCGUGGCCACACCGGAUAAAGAGGCUGGAGCUACGACAGGAGGAGGGGUCGGACGGGGCCGGAAGAGAGCAGCACCUGCUCAGGAUCCCGACAGCACAGCCUCAGCUGAUCCAAUCGGUGUCAAGACACCAAAACAGCAGAAAGAAGCAGAACCGAAAAGAGCGACGCCACAGAGACAGAUUGACCUGCAAAGGUAAAGCGUCGGUGCGUGAAGACAAGGACGGUCAGGCAGUAAAGGAUCGAGACAUCAAACGCUCUUCAUGAACCUGAACUGUCAUUAGCUCACACCUCAAGACGAACGAGGAUUCUUUAGAUUCAGAUGUUCAAACUUGUAUGUAGAAACACAGACCUGUUUCUCUUCAUUCGUUUUUUCUUUUGUGUUGAAAUUGUUCUUGUUGCCUCUCUGUCCCAAGCCAUUUUUAAAAACAAACAUUUGAAAGAAAAAAAAUCUGUUUUAAUCUACUCUAAGGUUGCUUAUUAAAUACCUGGAAAGAAUUUUUUACUGUUUUAACUCCCUCUCUUCUUUUAAUCCUCUAUUAAAUUGAAAUAUUGUCCUCCGAUUUCUUUGGUUGCAAGGAUUCAUUGAGGCUCAAGUUCUGUAUUCAAUUAGUUGAACUCUAUAAAGUGCCAAGACUACAAGACUCUGAUUAGUAAUUCUAUUUAUUCUGUUGGAUGGAUGAGCAUGAGUUCCUCACACUUUUACAAGGGACUCCCUGUAUUUGCUACGUGGAAUUAGUUUUUUAUAUUGAGAAACAUUGAGUUAUAAAUGUUCAAAUUGCUUCACAUUUAAAUAGAAAAAGCUGUUCGGUUUCAUUUUUUCCCAAGUGAUAAACAUGCGUUCACUUGAGAUGUCGUACCAGCGGCAGAACAGAGAUUCACGGAUAACACAAGUUUAAAUUUUUCACUUUUUUUAAUUCAAAAGAAUAUGACAGUUUCACAAUAAAUAACCAUGCUUGUACGGCUCGAGUAGGUUUUUUUUCUGUCGUGUUUUGUAAAGAAGCUUAAAGUGACUAAAGCCAGAGCCCGUGACCUGCAUUUCUCCUUUGACAGAAGUUUUUGUCCUUUAAUUCACUUCUUCGUGCAAUAUAUU